AUGGCCGUUUCUCAUAUGCUCCAAACCAUUUACAUCCCUCCUGCUUUGCAAAUAAAUUCCCUCCUCCAUGUCCUCCUCUCCAUCCCUCUCUUGAUUGCUGCCACCUGCCUGCUAACAUGGCUGGUCACAACUGUCCAAUUCUCCCGCUCGGUCAAAAAGUCCAAGGCUCUCGAAUGCAACGGCGUUGGGGUGCAGGCCAUUCCCAUAAAGCCCCCGGUACUGCCAUACGCGAUUCCAUGGCUAGGACAUGCCUUGGCUUUCUUGAACGAGGACCCUGGGUCUUUCUGGCGCAUGUUGCAGACGAAACUCACUGGGACGGGAGCCAAUGUUCAGUUCUGCACGGUACUGCUCGCAGGCCAGAGAGUCCAUAUCACCAGCUCGGCCUCGGCUGUGCAAGCGUUGUUCAGAAGCAGACAGGUGUCGCGAGAACUGUUCAACCAGCAGAUCGCACUGGACGCGUUGGGGUGUCCGAAAAGAGACACUGAAAUCAUGUUCCCUUCCACCCAAGCCCGUGAUAUCCCAACAACGGAUAAUGCCGCGCAGGAGGCAAAGGAGCACAAGAGUCUCAGCAUGGACGCCAUUAAUCACGAGUUCCUCCUCAACCAGACCGCCGCCAACUCGCUGACGAAUAAGUUCAUGGCACAUUUCACUGCGUCUCUCGACAGCGCCGAGAUUGGUAGCGAAUGGACAACGAUAGAUUUGCUCGCCUGGCUCAAGAACAUCAUGUUCCACGCCUCGACCGCAGCGAUCCUGGGGACCAAGAUCCUCGAGAUGAACCCGAACCUGGCCGAGCAGUUUUGGGACUACGACGCCGGGUUUCUGGCGCGCUUCUACCGUCUGCCCAAACUCGUCAAACCCGACGCCUACGCCAGUCUCGACAAGAUCCUCGACAGCACGACUGAAUGGGUCGAAGCUGCACUCGCCGAUUGUGGUGGCAACCCGUCUGAAGAGCCAGACUGGGAACCACUAUUUGGAUCCAAGGUGAUGAGGGCCAGACAGCGAUUCUACGAGCAAAAGGGAUUCAGUUCACGAGGGCGGGCUGCGUUUGACAUAGGAUUUCUGUUUGCUGUUUCGUCAAACGUCAUCCCCAUCAUGAGCUGGCUGCUCGCUCACCUCGUUUCCCCCGUCCACCCCGGGGACGACACACUCACCAGGAUCCAGGCCGAGAUCGAGCGAGCCAAAAGACCCGACAAGACCGUGGACAUUUCUGUGCUGCUGACCCAGCCGCUGCUGAACUCGGCCGUGCACGAAACCAUGAGGCACUACAUCGACUUGCUCGUGACGCGGCAGUUGAACAACGACAUGGUCUUGGACGGAUACCUGCUGAAGAAAGGGGACUUGAUCAUGGCCCCGACCUCGCUCAGCCACCAUGAUCCGAGGUUUUGGGACCACCACCAGCAGUAUCUCAAAGAAAGCGACAAGGCUCCCGCGGAUAGCUGGGUCGCCGAGAGAUUCCUCAAGCAUCAGGACCCAGACGAUACCACUGGUGGCAAGGAGACGUUCAGCGCGUCCUGGGCCGCGGGCAAGUUCUUCCCCUUUGGCGGCGGCAUGCACGCCUGUCCCGGCCGCGUCUUCGCCAAGCAGGAGAUCCUGGGCGCCGUGGCCACGCUGCUGGCCCAGUUCGAGAUCCGCUUCGUCGAGUAUUUGCGCACGGAUAGCAAGGGCAAUGCGGUGGCCGGGUUGGGUGAACACCCUGCGGGCUUUCCAAGACCCAGGCGGCAGUAUGCCGGGAACGGGACGCUGAGCAUAGAUGGAGAUAUUCGGGUCCAGAUCAGGAGACGAUGA